GAAGUAUUUACGAACGUUACCGAUUACACCCGACACUCUAUCAAGACAAGGAAGUUGAGUUUCACAAAUGGAUAAUUGUAAAAAAAUAUGUGUACGAUAUUGAAUAAUAGGAAAAUGUGUUUUGUCUACAAAAUGAAGGAAAGGAAUUAGUUUAUACAUAUCAGAACCUGGGUGAAAUGUAGUAAAAAUGUCUACCAACGUCAUAUUUAGCGAGGUUUGUGGUGAAAAUGUUGAACUUUCUGAGGACAAAAAAGUUGCGACAUGGGUUUCAAAGAACUCUGAUGGAUGGGCAUGUAGCGAAGCGGAAUUAAAACCAGGAGAAGUUUUUGAAGUGAAAGUAGAAGGAAGUGGGCGGUGUGAUAUCGGCUUUAUGAAGGAGGAGCAAACUUCAGUCUCAUUCAAAACAUUGAAUGAAAUACGUGCGCAUCGAAGAACAUGUAGAAUUGAAGUUACAUUAAAAGAAAAUGGCGACGAAUGUUUUCAGAUAUCCUCAAAAUUUGGUGAGAAGACUUUCAAGAAAAAAAUAGAAAAAGAGACAAAAGUUUGGAUUGCUAUAUACAUCAGAUAUGGUGAAAUGUCUGUUGAGCUCAUGACAAAAGGUGAUCCUCAGAGUAACAAGAAGUUUUCGUCUGCUAAACAUGGAACAAAUAUUACAUUAGAAAAUGACAACAUACAAGCCACAUCUGUCAGCAAAAAUCCAGCAUCCAUUUGUUUCAUAUCAGAGCAACUAGAAGUUGGAGGAACAUUACACCUCAAUUGCGAGCCAGAAAAAGAAGGGGAUAGGCAACCUAGUCGGUAUGAAUUAAGAUUACAUGUCUCUGAGAAAGACCCUUCAACCCUGAAGAACGAAUUCAAAUAUUUGUUUGAAGCUUCUUAUAUUAAAACAAGUGAUCCGCCUCUCACGACUAUUGAAAGUUUUGAGAAAGACGAAUGUAACGGUGAAAUAACUGUAACUCUUUCUGACAGUAAAACCGUACAAUACAAAACGGCGAGAGGUAAACAGAACACACAGGUUUUAAACUUUAACGCCAAGAAUGGCGUCUGGGUUGUUCUUGGCCUAUACAGGGUUAAAGCACAAGCAGUCAGUUACGAAGCUAUAUCCGGAGCAGUUGGAGGGCCAGUUUCCACAACUACUGGUGUUGAUGAACCGGACAGUUUACCCUUAAGACCUAGAGUAACUGCAGUUCCACCAGAGGAUAAUGUGGAAAGGCAUGAUCGUCAAACUGCAGGUGGCAGUGAGCAAGUGGUUAAACACCUUGCUGGACGCGUGAUGAGUCUUGAACAGGAACUCCAAAACAUGAAACUUCAAACUCAGUCUUCUCCAUCAUCAGCUCCACAACCGGUUCCAGUACCCGGCGUGCCUCAAGUGGUUUCAAGCCCUGACAUGAACGUCUUGGCUGAUGAGCUUGGAGAUCAGCUGGACUUAAAAAAACGGUUUCCAGAACUGGUAAAGGAGAUAGACACAAAAACAUUUUGUGAUCAUUUAUAUGCAAAGGAUAUUAUUACGCUUACACAGAUGGAAUCAAUCCAUGCUGUAUUUAGAAAUAAUGGCUCGGCAGAUGCAAACAGAGAUCUAUUGAAAAUCAUGAAAACAAAACGCAUAGAAAAGGACAUCAUGAUUCAAAUAGUUGAGGAGUCUCAACAAUCACACCUUCUGAAAAUGUUUUACCCUCCAAAAAACUCAACCGAAAAAAAGUAAUACGAAUUCUAGAAAGAUCAUGUGAACUAUAUACUAUUUGCAUGUAGUGGAUUCUGUCUUCUUUUUUUUCUGGUCAUUUGGGAUCUUGGGAGUCGAUUCAAUAGUAGAUAUUGUGUAAUAGAAUUCUGCUCAAGCCGCUGCUAGUGGGUGCGAGGGUAGUUGCACUUAUCAUUACCUCUCAUAAACAGACUCGAUCAACGCGAGGAUGCUAUCAUAUAUCUGUUUGCAUUCUAUGUUUUCAAAAGAUCAUAUAGUUUAUUCGUACACAAGUUGCAGAUCUUUAAGUUACACACACGAGCAUGGAUUGUUUAGACCUAUCUACUCAUGCAACCCUCAUUCUACUGGACUGUCCUAUACUUAAGUGUUAUAUAUUGCUCAAUUUUAUAUAAUUGUGUAUGUACAACAGUAAUACCAUGAGUGACUUAUUAUAUUAGGGUGAAGUUUAUAUUUAACAUAUAAUGUAACUUGUCCUGUAAAAAUGUGUACUAAAACUACAUGUCAUUGUAUAAACAAUUAUAUAGAUCAACUUUAAAUACAACAAUAUGCUGUGCAAAUGCAGUUCCGUUAUCAAUAAUUUCACAACAAAUAAUUGAUAUAUCCUAAAGCAAUAUCAAUUAAACUUAUACAUCUUAAUAUUAUACCAAUUUGCACAGAAAUGUUACAAAACGUUUAAUUAUAUCGAAAAUGGUAGCAGAACAAAAUUCUGUUCUAUUCUUUUCUUGAAUGAUCUAAUAUUGUUUUGAACUAAAAUGUAUAGAAAUAAAGUGUUUCUUUUUGUU